AUGGACAAAAUCUCGAGCUUACAGGUUAUUUCACCAAAUGUGAAAUAUACCGAAGACUAUAUUUACGCCGAUUACGAAUAUGAAGAAACUUUGGUGACGAAAAAGGAUAAUGCAAUAACGGUGAAACCGUACCAAACGUCGCUAUGCAUACGCACGGCGAGGAAGGUGGGCCGGGUGGGAGUCAUGCUUGUGGGAUGGGGUGGUAACAACGGUUCCACCUUCACCGCGGCGGUGCUGGCGAAUAAGCAUCAGAUCUCCUGGAACACUAAGAACGGGAAAAUGGAACCUAAUUGGUACGGUUCAAUCACGCAAGCGUCCACAGUUCGUCUCGGCAUUGAUGAGAAAGGCAAUGAUUUCUACGUCGGGAUGUCGGAACUUUUGCCCAUGGUUCACCCUGACGAUCUGGCGAUCGAUGGAUGGGAUAUCAGCCCGCUGAACCUGGCGGAGUCGAUGGCUCGCGCCAAGGUCAUCGACUACGAUCUCCAGCAGAAGCUGAAGAAGGAGAUGGCGACUAUGAAGCCUCGUCCGGCUAUCUACGAUCCCGAUUUCAUCGCCGCUAAUCAGGCCGACCGAGCUACGAAUCUAAUCCGCGGCACGCGAUACGAACAAUACCUGCAGGUGCGCGCCGACAUCAAGGACUUCCGCGAUAAGAAUAAGCUGGACAAGAUCAUUGUGCUGUGGACGGCUAAUACUGAGCGAUUUUGUGAUGUACGGCCGGGUAUUCACGACACGGCCGAGAACCUCGAACGUGCUCUUCGCAACAACGAGUCUGAAAUAUCGCCGUCGACUAUUUUUGCUCUCGCCGCCAUUGAUGAAGGAUGUUACUACAUAAACGGGUCUCCGCAAAAUACGAUCGUGGACGGCGUGGUGGAGCGCGCCGAGAAGAUGGGUGUGUUCGUGGCCGGCGACGACUUCAAGUCCGGACAGACCAAGCUCAAGUCCGUGCUCGUGGACUUCCUGGUCUCUGCCGGUCUGAAACCGGUGUCCAUCGUUAGCUACAACCACCUCGGGAAUAACGACGGCAAAAAUCUCUCUGCGCCAAAGCAAUUUAGAUCUAAAGAGAUUACAAAGAGCAACGUGGUGGAUGAUAUGGUGGAAUCGAACCCCAUAUUAUACAAGCCGGGUGAGAAACCGGACCACGUGGUCGUCAUCAAGUACGUGCCUUAUGUUGGUGACUCGAAGCGCGCGAUGGACGAGUACACGUCAGAGAUCCUGCUGCACGGAACCAACACGUUGGCAGUGCACAACACGUGCGAAGACUCGUUGCUGGCCGCGCCGCUCAUGCUAGACCUGGUGCUGUUGGCCGAGCUGCUGGGCCGCGUGCACGUGCGCCGCGACCACACGCACGAGUGGAGUGGGCUGCACGCGGUGCUAUCAGCACUGUCGUACCUGGUAACGGCGCCACUGGCGGCGCGCGGCGCGCCCGUCGUUAACGCGCUGUUCAAGCAGCGCGCCGCGCUCGACAACCUGCUGCGCGCCUGCCUGGCGCUGCGCCCCGCCACGCACAUGCAGCUCGAGCACAAGGUACCGUGCCUUACCGUACCGCAUCAUUCGUUCACUCAGUCCGCACUGUUCAAGCAGCGCGCCGCGCUCGACAACCUGCUGCGCGCCUGCCUGGCGCUGCGCCCCGCCACGCACAUGCAGCUCGAGCACAAGGUACCGUGCCUUACCGUACCGCAUCAUUCGUUCACUCAGUCCGCACUGUUCAAGCAGUGCGCCGCGCUCGACAACCUGCUGCGCGCCUGCCUGGCGCUGCGCCCCGCCACGCACAUGCAGCUCGAGCACAAGGUACCGUGCCUUACCGUACCGCAUCAUUCGUUCACUCACUCCGCACUGUUCAAGCAGCGCGCCGCGCUCGACAACCUGCUGCGCGCCUGCCUGGCGCUGCGCCCCGCCACGCACAUGCAGCUCGAGCACAAGGUACCGUGCCUUACCGUACCGCAUCAUUCGUUCACUCACUCCGCACUGUUCAAGCAGCGCGCCGCGCUCGACAACCUGCUGCGCGCCUGCCUGGCGCUGCGCCCCGCCACGCACAUGCAGCUCGAGCACAAGGUACCGUGCCUUACCGUACCGCAUCAUUCGUUCACUCACUCCGCACUGUUCAAGCAGCGCGCCGCGCUCGACAACCUGCUGCGCGCCUGCCUGGCGCUGCGCCCCGCCACGCACAUGCAGCUCGAGCACAAGGUACCGUGCCUUACCGUACCGCAUCAUUCGUUCACUCACUCCGCACUGUUCAAGCAGCGCGCCGCGCUCGACAACCUGCUGCGCGCCUGCCUGGCGCUGCGCCCCGCCACGCACAUGCAGCUCGAGCACAAGGUACCGUGCCUUACCGUACCGCAUCAUUCGUUCACUCACUCCGCACUGUUCAAGCAGCGCGCCGCGCUCGACAACCUGCUGCGCGCCUGCCUGGCGCUGCGCCCCGCCACGCACAUGCAGCUCGAGCACAAGGUGCCGUUUCUCCGCGCGGAUCUGCAAUCGGGCGCCAUGUUCGCUGGCGACGCGCCUCCCGCCAAGCGUCAACGUCACGCUCAAAACGGCGCACAGUAA